UAAUUGUUGUUGUCGUUGUGAUUCUUCUUCUUCUUGAUGUUCAUGAAUGCUGUUGAUCUGAUCUUAAAACUUUGAUGACAGAAUAAAAUAAAAAAAAAUGGAUGAUAAAAGUAGUAGUAGCAGUAGCAGCCAACAAACAUUGUCAACAACAACAACAACAUCAAAUUCAUAUAUCGAAUCUAUAAUAGCUUUAAUCAUGGAUUUUUGUUGCAUUAAUUCGGAUGAUGAUCAAUCAACAUUAUUGUUAUCAUUAUCAUCAUCGACAAUGUUGUUUAUAUUCUGGACAAUUGUUGCAUUGAUUGUAGCCGUUGCAGCCAAUAUCUAUUUGAAGAUUAAAAGACGUCAAAAUGAUUCGUUAAAGAUUGAUGAAAAUGAAGAAUCAACAACAAAAAUCAAUGGUGAUGAUGAUGAUCAACGAUCGGAUUGGAUACAGAAUUCAGUAUCUGAUCGUGAAAAAUUCACCACUAAACAUCAUUCAAUGCAAUUUGGUCAAUCAAUUCCAAAUGAACCGAUUGUUAAUCGUCAACAAUGGAUGAAUGAAGUAAUCAAAUGGUUUCAACAUACAUCAAGUAUGGACAAUCAGUUUGUUAUGGCAACAACAAAUGAAUGGCUUAAUUCAUUGAAUAAUAAAAGUCAACAAUUGAUAAUCGAGAAUGGUAUAUUUGUUGAAUUUGUACAAAUUGAACAAUUGACUGGUGCCCAACUAAGUCAGGUUAAAAUGGCCGAAGAACUUAAUGAAAAUCUGAUAACAACAAUGAAAGCUACAUGUGAUCGUUUAAUCAUGCAGGUACGUGUUGCACCUGAUUGUUAUGGUGAUCCAAAUCGUUCGGCUAUCUAUCAUAUUAUUAUGGAACGAUUUAGCUCAUUGUUAAAAGUGGUCGGUAUAACUGAUGAAUUAUUAUUUGUCAUACGGCCAUUAGAACGGCCAGAAACAAAAGCACAAAUCGAUGGUCCAUUACUUGGAUCGAAGAAUAAAUUUCAACCAGACAUUAUUAUUAAUGCUGUAUUGAAUGUAUUCACAUCCACUAUAUUUGAUUUGAAUUUUAAUGAAUCACAUAAUAAAUAUCAUGAUUUUCCACGAUUGGCCACAACAGAAUCGACGAAAACAUCAUUGACCACUGAUUAUAAGCCAAAUGUAGAACGAAAAUUAUUGGUAAAAAUAGCCAAAGCAAAUGAUUUACAAUUAGAAAAAUCAAACGGUACCGGUGCCCUUUAUUGUACGAUUGAAUUGGAUGAACCAUUUCAAUCGACACGUACAUCGAUUAUUCGUCAUUCACAUAAUGAUUCACCAGAAUGGGAUCAACAUUUUAUGUUUAAUCUCAAUGAAAGAUCACAUGAAUUGCUAUUCGAAUUAUUUGAAGAACGAAAAUCGAAUAAACAACAAACGGAGGAUAAUGAUCUAAUCGGUGAUCAAAUAUUAGGCAAUGCUAUUGUAAACAUUCAGGAAUUAAUGUCAAAUCCAUCACAAACACAAACAUUACGAUUACAAUCCGGUAUGAAUAAUAAACAAGAUAUGGGAAAUUUGAUUGUUGAGUUUUACUCAUGGAACAUAGCCGAAAUGGAUCAAUUAGACUGCAUGGACAACCACAACAACAACAACAAUCACAACAGAAUCAGGUUACAAGAUCACAAUCGAUGACAAAGCCAAAUAACAAUAAUAAUAAUAAAAUCAACAAUCAUGAUGAAUCAGCAUCACAUCGUUCAUCAUCAGAUGGACAUCAUCAUGAACAUCGUCAACGAUGGUCAAUAGGAUCGGCAUUGACAACAGCAACAUUAACUGAUUAUUUUGAUGUUG